AGGCCAACUCUUUAACCCUUGAAAAAUCUAAGAGGAAUUUUAUUAUGCACAUUAUUACACCCUCAGUCCCAACAAAUGUACCAUAGAUUCCUUUUCUUAUUGGGGAAUCCUAGGAUCCUUGUCAAGGAGACUCACAGAUUCAGCUCCUUAAUCUGAGAGACUUCAUCUCCGAAAACAAUCUAUCUCAAUAAUAUUCUCAAUCUUUUUAGGAAAGUGAUGUAUGAACAGAGGUAGGAAGUCUUUGGGGGUAAAGGAGGAAGAAAGUCGGAUAGCUUUAAGGUUAGCUGUUUUACUGUUAAACAUUUUUAUUUUUUUAUUUUUACUCGGUGAAGUCCAAAUAUAGUUUCGCGGGCGGCAUGAACGGCGUCGAAGAUCCCUUGCGCCCUCGUCGGAGUAGCUGGUAGCGGCCUUGAAGAUUGGAGAAACUGCUCUCUUCCCCCUUUUGUCAUUCAAGUCCUGAACUAACAUUUCAGUUCAUAAUAAUCUGAGCUUGCUUGGUGAAUUCAGGCACGGUGCUUCCGAAUCAUUUAUUUUGGUGAACUAUUGAGAGACUUUCAUAUGACCGCACGAAAAAUUUUGCUUGCUGACUUGAAUGGUUUUAUAACGAAGUUAAUUCUGGUCCAAAAAGAUUAUUUUUUCCUGCAUUUAAAUUGCUCCCAUUGAAGGUCAGUUCUCAUGUUGCAGAUGGAUUUUAUUUCUGGUUGCAGCGUGGACAAUUCUGAUCAUCAUAGUGCCAUAACUUGUUCCUGUAUCUGAAGCCCUUGGAGAUUAUAUUAUCUGUUUGGUCUCUCUUUCUUUCUAAAAUGGCAAAUAGCAUAUCAACAUUGACGGCUCGUACAACCAUAGUAUUAAAAUCUGCAAUACUGUCAAGGCUUCUUGUCUUCUUACUAAUCAUCAUCUUUCGGCUGCUUGUUUCCCCCUAUGACACCUCUGCAUCAUUAAACCCUGACUGCCUCACGAGAUCCAAUACUAAGCCUGGCCACGAAUCUUCCUGCUCAAAUGUGCUUUAUCCAAGCUUGUGUUCUGCCAUUGAAGAUGGAAUAGUUUGGGAUUCUGUCUACUUUGUCCGUAUUGCUCAGUGUGGCUAUGAGUAUGAGCAAUCUUAUGCCUUCUUACCUCUCCUUCCUAUUUGCAUUUCCUUCUUGUCUCGCACAGUUUUUGCCCCCUUAAUACCGUUAAUUGGUGAAAGAGCUGUUCUGGCAGUAUGUGGCUAUCUAAUUACUAAUGUUGCAUUUGUAGUUGCAGCUCUUUACUUUUACAAGCUAUCAGUUUCUAUAUUGAAGGACCCUGAAGUAUCAUUAGUGGCUUCAAUUUUAUUCUGCUUCAAUCCGGCCUCUAUAUUUUAUUCAUCAAUAUACACAGAAAGUUUGUAUGCUUUUCUUUCCUUUGGAGGGUUGUACCACUUAAUCUCUGGUGGAAAUAGUUUAGCUGUUGUUUUUCUAGCUCUCUCUGGUCUUGCAAGGUCAAAUGGGGUUCUGAAUGCUGGCUAUUUCUGUUAUCAGACAAUGCAUCUGGCAUAUGAUGCUGUGUUCCAGAAAAGACAAGCUUGUUUGGCAUUACUGGUUGUUAUUUCUGGAGCUUUUCAGAGUGCAUGUAUUUUUGCCCCUUUCAUAGCUUUCCAAGCUUAUGGAUAUCACAACAUGUGUGUUGGGCGUUCUCAUGAUGAAUUAAGGCCCUGGUGCAAGGCAAGGGUACCAUUGCUUUACAACUACAUCCAGAGUCAUUAUUGGGGUGUAGGUUUCUUGAGAUACUUUCAGUUGAAACAAUUGCCGAACUUUCUGCUUGCAUCCCCGAUUCUGUUUCUGGCAUUUUGCUCAAUUUACUAUUAUGCUAAGUCAAGGCCUCAGUGCUUCUUUUCACUUGGGCUUCAAAUUUCUACGGAGCAAAAGAAUUUUGAAGCUGAGUUUCUUUCAGAUGACAUUUCAAGGUCAAAUGCAGCCUCCACACUGGAGACAUCCUCUGUAGAGUCAGAAGAAAGUUUGAAUCUUAGAAGGAGAAGGAAUGCCGUCCAACAAGAUGAUACUGUUGUUAACAUAAAAUCUGAGCCAGCCGCUAAGCCGGGAUACUUGUCUGCCUCUGUUCUACCGUUUGUAUUACACUUGGUAUUUAUGGCAGGCACUGCAUUUCUUGUCAUGCAUGUACAGGUUGCCACCCGUUUCUUGUCUGCCAGCCCUCCUCUUUAUUGGUUCGCGUCAUAUAUGAUGACAUCACAUGCAAAAUAUCGUAUAUGGGGACGUAUAAUUUGGGCAUACUCUGCAGCAUAUAUUUUUCUUGGCAGUCUGCUAUUCUCAAACUUCUAUCCAUUCACUUGACGAGGUACACUCUUGGCGGACCUUCGUGCUUCAAGGAUUGCUUAGAGUUGCUCAAAAGUAUUUUUCCCAGUUUUAUAUGAGGGACGCUGUUGGUUUUUUUCUGGCCGUUUGGUGGUGGCUGUUUGGGCGAUUCAAGAGCAAUAGCAUUAUACACUUUCUAUUACGUUGUGGGAAGAGUUGAGGAUGGAAAGAAGGAAGGAAAGGGGGAAGGCUACUCCUGAUCUUUCUUUUGAAAGCUCUGCCAACUUGGCGAAACGACACUGUAUCUAAUGAACACUCCCAGUUUGUGGUUUUUUCUUUUUAAUUGUUUUUGGGAAUUUAUCCCUUACUCGGACCUGGAUGCUUCAGUUAUAAGGAUAAAUUUUAGUGAAGCUUAUCAGUAAUACGGACAUAUGAGAGACUGACAAAUUAUGUUGCGUAACAGGUGUACCAAGUCAUGGAACGAUUUGGCAUACCAUUUUGUUCUGAGCCAAGUAGUUUUUUUGUAUUUGUCUUGCUAGAUGCAAGUAAAUCAGGUGGUGAGCUUGUUAACUUGUACCAGAACACAAGAAAGUAUGCUUUCCUCUCACAUUCUGGUUCCUUGCUUCUCUUUCUCUUCUAGUUACAUAUAUUAAAAUUGUUUACGUUCAUGUGAACUAAUAUGUGUGUGUAAACAAACAAAUUAGUGAGUGGAAAGCUUAAUU